ACAAUAAAAAAAACGAUUACAACUCACAAGCAGCGGAGUCGCCCUUUUCCUUUAUGUGUAUUUGGAAGGAUAGAAAUAUCUUGAUAAAGAAAGAAAGACCCUUCAAACUCGCCAAAAAGAUUUGGCUUUCUUUUGUGGUGUCAAGAAUCAGAAGUGAUCAGUGCAUUUUUUUCAAUGUUGUUCAGAAUCAUAACCCUCCUUCUGUUUCUUCUCUUGCAAGUGAUGUGUUCUUCAGGUGCAAACAACUGGAUCAGAUUAGGUUAUUGGUAUGCGGUAACACCAUAUAUCUCUAUUCCUGACAUAGAUUCAACGCUGUUUUCUCACCUUGCAUGCGCUUAUGCCGAAAUCAACUCUUCCACUUCCCAGAUCUAUGUUUCCCCCGCCUAUAACUCAUACUUUUCCACCUUCACCCCCACUGUCAGAAAAAAGAAUCCGUCAGUUAUCACCAUUCUAUCAAUCUGGGGUGCAGAUGUAGAAUCUUCAAACUUCUCUUCCAUGGUUAGCCAACCCUCUCGAAGGAACUCUUUCAUUCAGUCGUCUAUUAGACUCACCAGGCUUUUCGGCUUUCAGGGCAUUGAUCUCGGAGGUGAUCCUUCGAGCAUAGUGACCAACACAAUGGAUUUGGGAACUCUCUUUGAUGAGUGGCGAGCUGCUAUAAACACUGAAUCAAAGAACUCCGGGCAAUCAAGACUCAUCUUGACUGUGUCAGGCUAUUACUUGCCAGUCAUACAUUCCACUAGUUACCCUGUGGACUCAAUGAGAAGGAACGUGGACUGGUUUAACAUUGUAGGAUUUAACUAUCAUUUGCCUCAGAGAGAAAAUUUUACAGGUGCUCAUGCUGCUUUGUAUGACCCCUCGAACAACAUAAGUACCGAUUAUGGUAUAAAGCAAUGGAUUGCUAAAGGAUUUCCUGCUAGCAAGAUUGUUCUGUUUUUGCCAUAUUAUGGUUAUGCGUGGAAACUUACGAACCCCAAAAACAAUGCAAUUGGGGCAGCUGCAAGUGGUCCGGGCGCUGCAUCAGGUGGAUACAUAGCCUAUAGCUACAUAAGGACGUCGGUGAAAAGUUAUGGAGUUAUUUCAGAAUAUAAUGCAACUUAUGUUGUAAAUUACUUCACCCAAGGGUCAUUAUGGGUUUGUUUCGACGAUGUAGAAGCCAUCAAAACUAAGAUUGCGUACUCGAAGGAAAAAGGGCUUCUUGGUUAUGCUGUAUGGCAAAUACCAUAUGAUGAUGAUUGGAUCCUUUCUAAGGCAGCUUAUGAGGAGCACAAGAAACAAAGACACAAGAAACUCUUUUUGGUUGUUUUUCUGCCCUUAGUUGUUGGACUUACUCUCCUAAUAGGAGCUUCAACAGUGUAUCUGCAGAGGAGAAUGCUCAGAAUGAAAGUUAUGAGGAUAUUAACUCGAGGCAGAAAGUCAUCAUCACCUAAUCGUCACGCAUUCAGUUUUGCUGACAUCAAAACUGCCACAAACAAGUUUUCAAGCAAAAAUAAGCUCGGUGAAGGUGGAUUUGGACCUGUUUAUAAGGGAAAGUUACCAGAUGGACUGGAAAUCGCUGUGAAAAGACUUUCUGAAACUUCUCAUCAAGGAGCAGAGGAGUUCAAAAAUGAGGUUACACUGACAGCAAAACUUCAACAUGUCAACCUAGUUAGACUUCUGGGGUUUUGCACUGAAGGGAAAGAAAAGCUGCUGAUCUAUGAGUAUAUGCCAAACAAAACCUUGGCCUUCUACCUCCAUGAUCCGGUUAGGCGCAUGUUAUUUGAUUGGAGCAAAUGGGUUCAAGUCAUUGAAGGAGUUACUCAAGGGCUUAUUUAUCUCCAAGAGUAUUCAAGAUGGACCAUAAUUCACAGGGAUUUAAAGGCCAGUAACAUUUUAUUGGAUAGUAAGAUGAAACCUAAAAUAUCUGAUUUUGGUUUAGCUCGAAUUUUUCACAAGGAUGAUGAAGAAGCAAAUACCAGCCGAAUUGUAGGAACAUACGGCUAUGUUCCUCCAGAAUAUAUAAGAAAUGGCAUAUACUCAACAAAAUAUGACGUUUACAGCUUUGGAGUUCUACUGCUACAAAUCAUAAGUGGCAAAAAGAAUACAUGUGUAUGUGGCCCCGAAGAGGAUCUAAAUCUUCUAGAAUAUGCUUAUGAACUAUGGAAAGAUGGGAAAGGCAUGGAGUUUGUGGAUCCACUGCUGGAUGAUUCUUUGUCGUCAUGUAAAAUCAUGCGAUGCAUGCAGGUGGCCUUGCUGUGCGUCCAAGAGAAAUGGCAAGAUAGGCCAUCCAUGCUGGAGGUUUCUUCCAUGCUCAAAAAUGAAAGUGAGGCUGUGCCCACGCCCAAAAUCCCUGCUUUCUGGACGAGGAAAGCCGACGAUGCCACUGUGCAAUGGGGGCCAGAAAUUUGUUCAGUGGAUGUUGAAACAAUAUCACAACUUGAACCACGAUAAAAGCUUAGGAAAUCACGUUAAUUUGCCAGGGUGCAAAUUUCGUUGUAGUCCUUCAUGGUGUUGGCUUGCUACAAUAGCAUUAACCUUGACAAGCAAGGGGCAAACAUGUAUAUAUGAUGCCUAAUAGGAAGUUUUAAACUUAAGCUAAGAACUUUGUAUUUCUAGCUUGCUCAGAUAGCAUGAUUAGGAUUUGCGAUAAGGAGACUUCAAAGUUGGUGAAUUAUUGUGGUGAAAGUAGAAUUGCAUGAAAGGAAAUUGCUACUUGCCCGAGAGGGUGACUGAAAAGGGUGCAAAUGAUAAAAUUGUCCCUUAUCCAAAAUCAAAUUUGCUUCACUUGCUCUUCCCAUGAUCACCUCUUCUCUCCUCUUUCUCCCCUUCCUAUGGCCACCUUCAACAAUUGUCUUCCUCUCACUGUCUUUGCCUUUCCUCAUUGGCACAUCCUUGCCUUGUGCGGACCACCGUUACAUCAUCCCUUUCCACAACGAAGAUGGAGGAUGUAGCGACGAUCAACGCGCAACGAGCCAAAGGCGAUUGUUAAAGGCGGCCAUAGGAAGGUAAAAGAGAGAGGAGGCAAUCGUGGAAAGAGCAGGUGAAGCAAAUUUGAUUUUGGAUGAGGGGCAUUUUUGUUAUGUGCACUAUUUAAGUCACCCUCUCAAUAACCCUCUUAGGCAAAGCAGCAAAAUCCUUACAUGCAAUUACUUUAGCUCAACUUUUUUUGUUGGGUUGUUUUUGGUAUGAUUGCCCUUUUGUGAUUGUAAAAUUAUGAAUUUGAGUUAUGAAAACAAAAGUAAAAUUGCUUGAAAAAACAUCAAGAACCCAAUUCAGAUC